CAGGUUCUUCGACUGUCCCCAUGUUGGGUUCCAUGUACAACCCUCUUGGGAAAGAAACUUCAAUAUGUACACAUGGUUCCUCUUGGCAUUUAACUUUAGAAUUUUACCAGUCAGAGCUCGUUUUUUACGAGUUCCAAGUUGUCAGGAACGCAACUGAAGUCGGAAGUCGGAGAUUCACAGUUGUUUUUAACGCGGCACGAGUCCCGAAAUGUAAAAUACAAUUAUAUGGUAAAAAAAAUGUCUUAAAUUGAAGCAAACGGAACGUAACGGGGAGGGGAUACCUGAUUUUGUGCAUUAGAGACUGUCGGUUUAGUUGAACAAAUGUUUGGUCUAAUGAUUACACCGUAGGUGCACGGUACCUUUAAAUCCCAGUUGAACCCCUCCUCCCCGUCACGUCACACCGAGACACGUCAUCAGUCACAACAAACAUGGCGGAUGCCGGUGCAUCUAUGACUCUAGCCACAAUUUCACUGAUAGGUUUCGCAUUACUGGCAGGGUUUUACCUGACCACUUUAAAUGCACUAUGGACACUGGUCUCCGUUACUGUUACUGCCGUGUUGGUGUCCCAGUUAUUGCGGAAGUUACGGAGAAGAGACGCGUUGACGGAGCGGCGUGUAUGUGUGCUGGUUCUGGGGGAUAUCGGACGCAGCCCUCGCAUGCAGUACCAUGCCCUUUCACUCAGCAAACACGGCUACAGCGUAACGUUUGUUGGAUUCCCUGGUACCAAGCCUCAUCAGGAUGUGAUUGGAGAUGAGAGGAUCACAAUCAUCCCAAUCACAGAACUUAAAGGACUCCAAGUGGGUCCUAGGAUGGUGAGCUAUGUUACCAAGGUGAUUCUCCAGUCCCUGCAGCUUCUCCUGGUGUUAUUGAAGACUGAUGUCCAGUCCCAUAUUAUCAUGCAGAAUCCUCCAGGACUGCCCAGUAUAGUGGUGACGUGGCUGGUGUGUGGUCUGAGAGGAUCCAGGUUCAUCAUUGACUGGCACAACUACGGCUACACCAUCAUGGCCCUCUCACACGGCCCGGACCACCCCAUCGUCAGGCUGGCACAGUGGUAUGAACAGUUGUUUGGGCGAUUCUCCAGCCAUAACCUUUGUGUCACCAACGCUAUGAAGGAAGACCUCCAGAACAACUGGAACAUCAGCAUGACCACAUUGUAUGACAAGCCACCUGCUAUCUUCAAGGAGACUUCAGUAGACCAAAAGCACCAGCUGUUCAUGAGGCUGGCCAUCAGACUAUUCCUCAGUAACCCGGGUCUGACAUGUCAUAACCCCUGCGUCUGUUACAGUGGUGAGCGACCUGAUGGUGAGACAGAGAGAACAGCGUUUACAUGUCGUGACCCCAGUGACCUUUCUGUGACUUUGACCUCAGGUCGACCUGCCCUACUGAUCAGCAGCACCAGCUGGACCGAGGAUGAGGACUUCUCCAUUCUGCUGAAGGCUCUGGAAGACUACGAGGGGUUUGUGAAAGCAGGAGCCUCUCUUCCCUCACUGGUCUGUGUCAUUACAGGUAACUAUAGUGUUGACAGUGUACUGCUGGUCUGUGUCAUUACAGGUAACUAUAGUGUUGACAGUGUGCUGCAGGUCUGUGUCAUCACAGGUAACUAUAGUGUUGACAGUGUACUGCUGGUCUGUGUCAUUACAGGUAACUAUAGUGUUGACAGUGUACUGCAGGUCUUUAUGGUCCAGGUCACUAUAGUGUUGACAGUGUACUGUAGGUCUGUGUCAUUACAGGUAACUAUAGUGUUGACAGUGUACUGCUGGUCUGUGUCAUUACAGGUAACUAUAGUGUUGACAGUGUACUGCUGGUCUGUGUGGUCACAGGUAACUAUAGUGUUGACAGUGUACUGCAUGUCUGUGUCAUUACAGGUAACUAUAGUGUUGACAGUGUACUGCAGGUCUGUGUCAUUACAGGUAACUAUAGUGUUGACAGUGUACUGCUGGUCUGUGUCAUUACAGGUAACUAUAGUGUUGACAGUGUACUGCUGGUCUGUGUCAUUACAGGUAACUAUAGUGUUGACAGUGUACUGUAGGUCUGUGUCAUUACAGGUAACUAUAGUGUUGACAGUGUACUGCAGGUCUGUGUCAUUACAGGUAACUAUAGUGUUGACAGUGUACUGCUGGUCUGUGUGGUCACAGGUAACUAUAGUGUUGACAGUGUACUGCAGGUCUGUGUCAUUACAGGUAACUAUAGUGUUGACAGUGUACUGCAGGUCUGUGUGGUCACAGGUAACUAUAGUGUUGACAGUGUACUGCAGGUCUGUGUCAUUACAGGUAACUAUAGUGUUGACAGUGUACUGCAGGUCUGUGUCAUCACAGGUAACUAUAGUGUUGACAGUGUACUGCAGGUCUGUGUCAUUACAGGUAACUAUAGUGUUGACAGUGUACUGCAGGUCUCUGCGCUUUGAGCACGUGAGGAUCUGUACUCCAUGGCUGGAGGCAGAGGACUACCCUGUUCUGCUAGGCUCAGCAGAUCUGGGUGUUUGUCUCCAUAAGUCGUCCAGUGGUCUGGACCUGCCUAUGAAGGUGGUGGACAUGUUUGGCUGCUGUCUGCCUGUCUGUGCCAUCCACUUCUACUGUCUACAUGAGCUGGUGAAGCACGAGGAGAACGGGUUGAUCUUCAAAGACUCUGAGGAACUAUCUGGACAGCUCAAGGCUCUGCUGUGGGACUUCCCUGACUGUGAGGAUGAGGGCAAACUGGGUCAGUUCAGGAGGAACCUCCGGGCCAGUGGGGGGCAGCGGUGGGACCAGAACUGGGACCAGAACGUCCUGCCUCUCCUCACUGCACCCUGACUCCCCUGUUAGACAGAGCUCUUUACAGCAGCUGACUCAUCCCCUCUCUACAUCUUCGCUCCGUCUCAAACCCACUUCUUGAGCCUCCAAUCUUGAACAUUUUAACAGACGCUCUUAUCCAGAACGACUUACAAGAGCAAUUAGGGUUAAGUGCCUUGUUCAAGGGCACAUCCACAGAUGUUUCACCAAGUCUGCUCGGGGACUCAAACCAACGACUUUUCGGUUACUGGCCCAACGCGCUUAACCGCUAGGCUACCUGCUCUGAACCGCUAGGCUACCUGCUCUGAACCGCUAGGCUACCUGCUCUGAACCGCUAGGCUACCUGCUCUGAACCGCUAGGCUACCUGCUCUGAACCGCUAGGCUACCUGCUCUGAACCGCUAGGCUACCUGCUCUGAGCCGCUAGGCUACCUGCUCUGAACCGCUAGGCUACCUGCUCUGAACCGCUAGGCUACCUGCUCUGAACCGCUAGGCUACCUGCU